AUUCGCCAAGGAGUUACGAAAAGCUUCCAGUGUUGUCAUAAUACACCUAUGGUCGUAUCAGGAAGCGUGUCCUACAGGUACUUGCUGUUCUUGUAGGUUACAUUCGUGUUAGUAAAAGACCAGCAUAUUUAGUCAAAACUGUAGAGUAGUACCCUGCUUCGUUUUUCAGCGUGGGGAAAGCAAAACCUAACGUAGUUCUUGCAUGGAUCUAUGCUGUCUCAAACCAUAAACGUUAGCUGAGGCCUAGCUAACAUUAGCAGUUAGCUAACGUGACAUUUCACUGAGGUUUCCUGGGACACUAUUCAGAUGACACAGACUUCCCACUGGUAAGUGUCCACUGGAAAAACAAACUCCAUCAUUACCAUGACAGCUCAGGAAGGAGAGGGAUGGGGAGGCAUUAACCUGUCACCUCACCUGCACACGGAUGAGUGUAAUGAACUGAUAACUCUUCUGAGGCAGUGCCACACCGAGCACAAUGUCUUGAAGUUCUUUGGCACGUGCAACGAUGUGGACCGCGCUAUGCGUCACUGCCUGAAGAAAGAGAGACUGGAAAAGCGGGAGCGCAGCAAGCAGCAUGCACAAGAGAUGAAGAAGAGGCUGAAAGAAGGGCCCAAAGAGCAGCUCUGAAGGACAUUUUACUGCAGCUUUGCCACUGCAAGUUAAAAGUAUUAAGAUAAUAGGAAAUUGAAAUGACACUGUGUAACAAGCCUCCCCUGCUGUUCUUAUGUCAAGACAGAGGAAGUCUCUUGGCACAUUCAUUGGAGUAUGUAAUAUAUUAGCAAUGACCAAAAUGUCAUGUGCCUUGUACUAUGUAUUAUUUGGAUUCAUUUGAGAGGCAAAUUAUUUAAAUAUUGGGAUCAUAUACCAGCAAUGAUAGGUUAACAUGCACAGCUUUCUCCUAUAUUUGCUGGAUGUGAACCCUUUGAACACAGUUUUUAUUAUCUGCACAGACUUAAACUUGCAUUUUAGGUCAGCAUAAAACAACAGCAUAGGGUACUUUGGAUUAAAGAUUGCUGUUAAAGAUCAUCCUUUAUUUCCCCCUCUGUUGUAGCAGUACUCUACAGCUCCAUCAAAGAGAUAAGUGUAGCUGGCGGCAGAACUUUUUCAUCAAACCAUUAUUUAAGUUGGCAGGACACCUCAGAAUUAUUCUGCUAUCAGUUUUAUUCAUGAAGACAGGGAGAGUCAAUUUCAGGGUAAUAGAGAUGUAUGUAAAA